ACAUGUGUCCAUUGACAGAUGAUUGGUCUUACAAAGCCAACCUCUGGAACAGCAUAUGUUGACGGUCUGGAUAUACUGACUCAUAUGGAGGGAAUAUAUACCAGUAUGGGUGUAUGUCCACAACAUGACCUGCUCUGGGAAACUCUAACAGGAAGGGAGCACUUACUAUUUUAUGGUAGACUGAAGAACCUCAAAGGUUCUGCCUUAACACGAGCAGUGGAAGAAUCUCUAAGGAGUGUAAACCUUUUUAACGGAGGGGUUGCUGACAAACAAGCUGGGAAAUAUAGUGGAGGUAUGAAGAGGAGGCUUAGCGUUGCGAUUUCAUUGAUUGGUGAUCCCAAAGUUGUUUAUAUGGAUGAGCCCAGUACUGGAUUAGAUCCAGCCUCAAGAAACAAUUUAUGGAAUGUUGUGAAGCGCGCAAAGCAAAAUCGGGCAAUCAUUCUCACCACACAUUCCAUGGAAGAGGCUGAGGUUUUGUGUGAUCGAUUAGGAAUCUUUGUAGAUGGCAGCUUGCAGUGCAUAGGAAAUCCUAAAGAGCUUAAAGGUAGAUAUGGAGGAUCUUAUGUGUUUACCAUGACAACAUCUCCGGAUCACGAGGAAGAUGUGGAGAAAAUGGUGCAGCAUCUCUCCCCAAAUGCUAACAAGAUAUACCUCCUCUCUGGAACCCAGAAGUUUGAGCUGCCUAAACAUGAGAUCAGAAUUGCUGAUGUUUUCCAUGCAGUGGAGAAUGCAAAGAGCAAGUUCACAGUAUUUGCAUGGGGUCUGGCUGACACCACAUUGGAAGAUGUUUUCAUCAAGGUUGCCCGUGGGGCGCAGGCAUUCAACGUGUGGUCAUGACCAUCUGAUUUGUUCAUCGAUAAUUCCAUGUUACUUGUUAUCAAGGUUGCCCGUGGGGCGCAGGCAUUCAACGUGUGGUCAUGACCAUCCGAUUUGUUCAUCGAUAAUUCCAUGUUACUUGUUAUCUCUGGAUUGGUAUUCAUAGUAGGCUUGCAGCUGAUCAUUUUGUUACCAUAUCAUCGUAUACUUGAUUUUUCUAUUUUCCUUUUCUCCUGGGGAACUUGGUUUAGAUAGUUGUAUACAUACAUUCUUUACAGAAAGUAAUCAAAGUCGUAUCAUUUUUAAA